CUACUCUGAACCUCGACGUCGAAUAACUCGCGACCGUCUUUGGCAACUCCUGGACCACCCUUUUCUCGCGAAAACCACAGUGCUUGCUUUCGAGGAAUUGAGCCAGCCUCACGCACACCAAAGCGGAGCGGCGUCUUGGCUACUCAUCUACGCCACUCAGAGUAUUGAGUAUCACACACGCGCGCCACCGAUCGCGUCUACGUCUUCAAUUGAGCACUACGCGGCUCUCUUACAGUGACCACCUAGCAUCUCCAGUAUGCCGCGCGGAAUACCAAACGCGAAGCGCGAUGAAAAUGCCAUGCGAUUCACUACUUUCCACGUCCCUCUACCGCCAAAUCCCAAGCACAUGGGAUCCACCUAUCUGAGGUCAGAUACGCAAACCCACUGGUAUCGUAACGCCGUACGCGCAACUGCUGCUGGGAGAAACAAGAUAGUACAAGAAGAGCCCGGUCCGGCAACUGAAGAGGCUCGGCGCGGCUCCAAGGUCAUAGUCAUACAUCCUGGAUCCCGCUUUCUGCGCAUCGGGAGAGCCUGUGACGUCACUCCCGUCGCGAUACCGAAUGUGAUCGCUCGGAAGUAUAACCCUGUGCCGGAACCUCGGUUUGUCGAGGGCAUUUCAAGACCGAGAAAGAGUAACAUACGUACCGCCCCAGCAGCGCCUCCGGCCGGCGACGAAUACGCCGUCGCUCUGAAUUCAGACGAUCCGUUUGACAUGAAAGUUGCUGCUAUCACAAUCUCGCUUCGCGAUCGUAUGCGCUUUUAUAAACUACGCGUCACUCCCAAUGCAGCCAAUAUUGCAUUAACCUUCAAUGAACAGUUCGUGCCAGAAACAAUACCCGAGGCGAACGAUCCGUUCCACGUUGACUGGAUCCGUGACGAUACAGAGCAAUACUAUGUCGGUGAACAGGCUCUCCGCAUCGCGGAUCCUCUAGCCCAAGGUUAUGCUGUCAGGUGGCCGAUGUAUAGCGGCAAAUUCAACACCCGAGACUAUCCUUCCAACGCCUUGAUCCUGAGUGACAUCGAAACCAUCAUACAAAGUACCCUCAAGGAGCGGCUGGACAUUGAAUCGAAGUCGUACCAAGACUACUCGGUCGUACUCGUGAUCCCGGACUUCUAUGAUCGAUUCUACGUAGAGGAUAUGGUCAGAUUGCUUCUCAUGACCAUGGGAUUCAAGCAACUAUGCGUACAGCAGGAGUCACUCGCAGCGACGUAUGGUGCUGGCAUAUCCAAUGCGUGUGUCGUCGACAUGGGUGCCACGAACACGAGUAUUGCUUGUGUGGACGAUGGGGUUGUCCUAGCAGAUACUAGGAUGUUACUGAACAUGGGUGGCGAUGACAUUACCGAAUUCCUCCAUAUCUUGCUCAAGAGGAUCAAUUUCCCUUACAAGGAGCUGGACUUGGUCCGCUCUUAUGACUGGAGAGUGAUUGAAGACUUGAAGUCGCGUCUGUGCACCCUUGCAGAGGGCGACGUAGCUCUGAAUUUGUAUGAUUUCGUGGUCCGUCGACCGGGUCAGGCAACGCAGAAGUACGGCCUCCGGGCAUACGACGAGAUCAUUCUUGCUCCGAUGUGUCUGUUUGAGCCUCGUGUGAUUGAAUUUGACCAAAAACGUGCUGCAAUGCGCCCUAUCGCCCACCCCGACGUCACAGAAGACAUAGUUGAACAGUUGUCGGACCACUUUACACAAGCAAUGAUCAUCUCGACGCAACACCUCCUUCCAGUGAUAAUGCCACACCCGAUCGUCUUUGAGCAAGUCCCGAAUAUCCCUCAAUCUGGGGCUCUAACCCCCGGACUUGGUCAGCAACCUGCGUUUGUGGUUGCACCUCAGCCAGCCGGGGAGAGUGCUCCUCCCCAGACAUCUGUGAACACGGUGGAGUCCCUGACAGCGUCAGCUAGCAAGACGGAAGGCGAUGUUUCAAAGUCCGUGACCCCUUCAGCAACUGACUCGGGCGAUGUCAUAAUGAAAGAAGAGACUCCGGUGACGGCCUUGCCGACUCGCGCUGCAUCGACUGCACCCGCAAUUGAGACCCCCGGCGCCAGCGUGGAAGUCAUCGACGUCGACGCGAUGGAGGACAAACCGGCACCUUCCGCCCUGCCAGCCGACCAAGUGCUUCCUCCGCAGCAGCCACACAUCUAUCCUGGAGGGUACACCAUCGACGUGUGUUUCGAAGCAAGCAAGCUCCCAUUGGACGUCGCCAUAUUCAAUAGCGCGCGCGCUGCGGGCGGAGAUGAGAAGAUCCGCAAAUACCUGCAGGCCGUCUUGGUGAUCGGCGGGACGGGCCUCGUCCCAGGCAUGGCACAUGCACUGGAGAGCAGAUUGCAAGCCAUUGCCACGCCUCUCGUAUCCAAUAUGGAGAAGGUACAGAUUAUCCCCCCGCCCAAAGAUGUCGACCCGCGUGUGCUGGCUUGGAAGGGCGCAGCUGUACUUGGCAAAAUGGAUUCGGUAUCGGACCUCUGGGUCACAGCUGUAGAUUGGGAUAUUCUCGGAAUGCGCGGGCUCAAAGAACGCUGCUUUUACCUGUAGAUACAGCAAUAUUUGCGAAGACGACGUUCAUUCUGGCAUCUGUAACGUCACCAUGCUGUGCUUUGUUCAAAUGACCAUAUGACCU